GUAAAUAAAGAGGCAGCAAGACAAGUGCGAGCUGGCAAGGAGUCCUCGAGGGAUUGGCACAACACUUUCAGUCAUCUGAUUGAAACAAGCCAUUGGCGGACUUUGUUUUGACUGGCUUGAUGUUUUUGGGAACCGAGUCGAGCGUCAACCGUCACCUCAUAGACUUCUCAAGCAUAGACUCAUAGCAGCAAAGCACACGACCGAGAUCACAAAUAGCGCCCCAAUAUAUAGCGGUGGAUCAAGCAAACGUCCGCGAGUGGUUGCUCGGCAGUUGAGUGGGCCACGUUAUUACUUCCGUGUUCCGUGCCCUCGUGGCCUGCGAGGUUAAAUCGCGCUUGUUGCAACCGUUGCAACAUUGCCUGCGACAAUCUCACUGGGUGAAAUGUUUGGUUGCUUGUAGUGUUUGACCCCGUCAAGCUCUUUCUCUUCUACGACGACGAUGCCCUCUCCUAGGAAAGGUGGCACCACACCAGUACGUCGGAGGCGUAAAGCGAGGGCAGGCCCCCGCACCCCACCCGCCCCUGCCCCACCAUUCGACGGGCACCUGCUGAGGCCCGGGCGCCGCUUCUCCGCGGGCUCCGUGGAGUCCGACUCGUCCUGGACGGACACGACCGACACCUCACUGGUCACCACCACCGACAGCCGCUCCUCGCGCAGCCCAGGGUCCUGUUCCAGCUCGUCGUCGACCUCGUCGUCGACGAGCUCCUGGACGACCGUCUCCAUAGCCACCUCGACGAGCUCCUGCAGCUCGUCGGACGACAGCAGCACGUCGUCGCCGGGCUCCGGCUCGGACGGCGACGACAGUGGCAGCGAGGACGACGACGAUGAAGAUGAAGUGAGAUGCGGGCGCCGGGCGCGGCUGGGGCCCGGGCUUGGGCCGCGGGCGGCGCGGGAGAAGCGCGGGAGGUCCUGGUCGCGGCGGGGCGCCCGUCAGCGAGGGGGCUCAGUGCUGUGCCGGUACUGCGGCCGGAGAGGCUACGGCGUCAUGAAGAUGGUGCUAUCGUGCUGCCACAAGAACCCCAUGGACGAGUCGGCAGAGGGGCCCCAGGGUGGAACUCCCGAGGCCCCCCGCAGCCCUGCACUGCUCGCGCCCCGGGGGGAGCAGGCCGCCCCCGCCCCGGCGGACUGUCCCUCGCCGAGGUACAACUGGUCGCCCUGCUCGUCCGACUCCUCGUCGUCCACCCUGUCUGAGGAAGGGUCCGUGUCGUCAGGGGACGACGCCGACGUGGAGGAAGUGCCCCUCCUUCUGGCCCGGAUUCACCUGCCCUUGGUGUGUCGCGGCGGGCAUGUUGCGGUCAGCUGAGAAUUUGGUUUAAUUUUAAGAUAUGCCUCCAAGUAGGUUUCUAGUCUAAUUAUUAGAUUAAAAGAUGGAGAUAAAACAUGUUAUACUUUGUUUAGCCUUUGGCUAGCAUAUUGAGAGAUAGUAUCUUAUGCCUUGAGAGUGAACAAGGUCAUUGAAAUAAUUUUAACUUACACAAAUUUUUAUGAUUAAAAGUUAAUUUUUUUACUAUAAAUUUUUGUAUUGAAAAUCCUUAUUUCAGUAAUAAAGAAACAAUGAAAUUUA